AUGGGUAACCGGCGGGACGUCGAGCUCCGGCAGCAAUACAAUACUUGUCCCGACGUCCAUGAGCUCACUGAAGAAAAAUUUCUGAACUCCAUCCGGCGCGGUGUGAAACGGGACGAGAAAAAUGUGGAAAAGGUGCAAACUCGAAAGAUAUUUCCUCGUGCAGACAUCGGAAGAUUGACGAGGGGGACGAAGAGAGAAAGAGGAAGAGAAGGAGAUGGAGGUGGCAAUGGAGAUGCAGAUGCAGAUGCAAAUGCUGAUGCCAAAUUGGUCCACUGCAGUGGACCGGACCGGACCUUUGACAAGACGGUGACUUUCUCGAGGUGGGGGAAAAGGGUGAAGAGAAGACAUGGGGAUGAUGGGAAGCAGUGCAGUCUAAAAAGGGAAGCUUAUCCUCGAGCAGAGUUGCGAAUACCACAAGAGAGCGAGAAGCUGACUGCGAUGAAUGUGUGGCUCGUAUCUCGUCCGCCAAGAUGACAAGAGGUGCCUAAAGGCGACAAACAAACAAACGAACGGAUCCUGGGAAUCUGGGCCUCUCGGCUGCGGCUGCUGCUGCUGCUGGAGUAGUAGAAAGGAUCAUGUGAUGGUGAUGUUAGUGGAGGGUUGAGUGCUUCAUCAGGCGCGAUUGUCCGAGGUUAAAUGCGGGGGUUUUGCCUUGCAUUCCGAGGAGGGUAAUUGGCCGAAGCAUCGACAUUAAUGACGCAUUCUCCCGGGUUCUGCUACAUGGACCUCAGCUGCUACGCAGUCCCGGCACGUAGCAUAUGUCUCGCCUUUCACAGCCUCCGUUCGUGGAGACGAGUUCCACGAGCUACACGAUCCUGCCGCUACAGGCACCGUCAUCCAUAGAGCACAAGUCAAACCUUCAGCGAUGGUCUGGCUUAGCAGACGAUCCAUUUGACCAGAGUGAGUAGCUGUGGGUUCUCGUUUUCUUGCGGAGGAGAAGACAAUUCGAGGCACGCUAUGGAGAGGGAGGAGAUAGGGAGAGUCGGGUAGAGUAUGACUUUAGUUCCAUGAGCCCGUCAAGAGUCCGAGGGAUAAGUUGAAGAAGUGGUCCAAAGGAGGCAUGCACCCCCAAGCGAGAAGACACCAAAUUGGAUGAAAAGUAGCACAAUUGCCUUCAUGUUCGGCUGGCAUUCUGUUAUGGUUUUCUCUCCUGGUCUAGGUUUGUGUGUGGCACCCUGAUUAAAGUCCAGUGCAUAAGUUCAAAGCACGCACUCCACUGCAAUGACAUGUGUAGGGUGAAAGGUAAAACAUCCAAGGAUGCUUUUUGCUACAUAAAUGCAGUAGGCGUACCUUUUGCAGGAAAGCUUGGGAACAUCCUACCAAACUCGGAUAGAGACCAUUUCUUGGAUAGUGUCCACAAAGAUGAUCUGGUUAGCUGCUGCAAAGCUCGGUUCGACUCGUGCGAAGGGCCAACGCAGUAGUCCAAACUCUGCGCGGAUUGAGGGAUAGAGUUGAUGAACUCCAUCCCCUCGUGUUUCAAUUGCCUCCGAGCAGGACACGCCCAAAGACGAACGAAGGUUGUCAAUGUUGCUUGUAGGAAUUGACUUGGACUUGACUCGACGACGGAUUGUGGCUCGAGAUCCGUGUUGUAACAUGGAACUUGGAGCUCAAUAAUUGUGGGAAAGAAAAACAGAAAUAGGAAAUUAUUAAGAAAGUUUGGAGUGCGGUGUGGAGGAUUGUGGAGCUGCGGAAAUCUUGAGACGGAGAGACAGGAUCGAUCGUACAAGGAGUUAUUGGAAGGACCGAGUACCGAGUACCGGUACAGUUCUGUACUGAAGGCACAGUGGAGACCACGACACCGUAUGGAGGGAAAUCCACACAUGGUUUAGUCGCCUUUCCGGUAACCUGUUUCACUGAGCGCAAAGCAGAUUGAUAAUAGAUAAUAGGUUUUUUGAUAGCUAGCCCUCAGAGUGCCCACUCCAGUUUAGUUUACCUUUUUUGUUCCGAAAAGUGGAAAGAAACCUCUCGAGGCUAAGAGUUGGAAGUGCUUCGUGGGAAGCCAGAGGCCAGAGGUCAUAGGGAGCAAAUGCCUAUUGUUGCCCUGGCCUUCUUGUUAAAAAUAAUGUCUGAAUAAAAAGCCUUUGGG